UAGCACUCGAUAAGAAUCCCGUCUCCUCUCCUCUAUUCUCCUCCUCCCCCUUCUUUACUAUCUGUCUAAAUAUGAACGGAUGAGCAAACCUCCUUCCUUCACGAAUCAUCGUCCUCCUCCAAACGCCGAAACACAGAUUUCGUAGUUUCUUCACAACUGACUCUCAUCUCGACUCCUGCCGCUCUCUCUCAAUCUCAAUACUCGCAUUCUCUCCCGACGUCUCGCCAGGUUUCUCACUGAUUUUCAGUUUGGUUGCCGUGAAAACGGAGGAAAUGAGGAUGAAGGAGGAGUUUUCGCGUGAUAGGAGUGACGAGGAGGCCGAAGGUGAGGAAACAACGUCGCAAUUCUCCGUAGGAGUUUUGCAGCAGCAGCAGAGGAAGCUUGCUGUGGUUGGUUACGCCCUCACUUCAAAGAAGACGAAGAGCUUUUUGCAGCCGAAGCUUGAAGGUUUGGCCAGGAAUAAGGGGAUAUUAUUUGUUGCAAUUGAUCAAAACAGGCCUCUUUCAGAACAAGGUCCUUUUGACAUUGUAUUGCACAAGUUGACGGGAAAGGAAUGGCGCCAGAUUCUUGAGGUAGUACUUGAUCUUUCCUUUCCCUUUAAUCCUGACUUGAUAGUUGGGGUCGAGGCCUUAAGCUUACCUGGCAUAGUUUGCAAAGUAUUUGCAAGUGAGGAUAUUUCAACUCCCAUGGCCAUCUUCCUGGCUUUUCAGGAAUACCGGCAUACACACCCAGAGGUCACAGUUCUUGAUCCUCCAGAUGCCAUACAACACUUGCAUAAUCGACAGUCAAUGCUCCAGUGCGUUGCUGAUAUGAAUUUGUCUGACUCCUAUGGAAAGGUUGGUGUUCCCAAGCAAUUAGUCAUCAAAAGAGAUGCAUCAUCCAUUCCCGAGGCAGUUACUAAAGCUGGGCUGAGCUUGCCUAUUGUUGCAAAACCAUUGGUUGCUGAUGGAAGUGCUAAGUCACAUGAAUUAUCACUUGCAUAUGAUCAAUAUUCUCUCCGGAAAUUGGAACCUCCACUUGUGCUUCAAGAGUUUGUUAACCAUGGAGGUGUUCUCUUUAAGGUUUAUAUUGUUGGGGAAACCAUAAAAGUUGUCAGACGCUUCUCUUUACCUGAUAUCACCAAAAGAGAGCUCUCUAGAAACGCUGGUGUUUUCCAGUUUCCACGGGUUUCCUGUGCUGCCGCUUCGGCUGAUGAUGCAGACUUGGAUCCCAGCGUUGGUGAGCUUCCUCCACGACCUUUACUUGAAAGACUAGCCAAGGAACUCCGUCGUCGACUGGGACUGAGGCUAUUCAAUUUAGAUAUAAUCCGGGAGCAUGGAGCCAGAGAUCAUUUCUAUGUCAUUGACAUUAAUUACUUCCCUGGCUAUGGGAAAAUGCCAGGGUACGAACACAUAUUUACGGACUUCCUCUUGAGUCUCGUGCAGAGCCAGUACAAGAAAAGAUCCUGUCAAUAAUAUCGAAACCAUGCUCUCCAAAGGGCAAGACAUAUUCUCAGUUAAUUGUACACAAGAUGAGGCCUUCUACUUGCUUUAGAAGCCCAUCAUGUAACUCCCGCUGGCUGCUGGAGGUGGUCACCUGUGAAUGGACUCCCCACCUCCCAACUUCUGUAAUUAUAUGUGGCUGGAAUUUUUACCAUUUUCAACCCCGGCUAAAGCAUUCAUCAUGAACAAAAGCUCUUAAUUCAUCUUUGACCUCGUUCUGGCCGGAUUCUUUCAUUACACCUUUUUAACUUUGUGCAGAUCCUACGUGAUACAGACGGUGAAAUACAGCACUCAUGUUCUGUAUACGCUUUCUUUCUCUUCUUGUUUUUUUGUCUUGCAUUCAGUAGCCUAAGUUUAAGCUCACCUAAUGUAAGUUGCAUGCCAAGGAUGUAGAAUACCUUGUCUUCUUUAGCUUGUUCUCUUCUUCUUUGGUAAUUCCAAGUUGUAAACAUCUGAACUGUGUCUGUUCCAU